AUGGAAGUACUGGGCGUCCCAGGGCCGCCCAGCGAUUUGAGCCACAACGACCUUACUGGCCCUCUCCCAACCAGCAUCGGCACCAUAACUACCCUCAAGGCCCUGAACCUAAGUGGCAACGAGUUGACCGGCUCCAUACCCACUGAGUACUCGAGUCUCGCCAACCUCCAAGCCAUCAACCUCUGCUGCAACCAGAUCAGCGGCACCCUGCCCACUCUUCUUGGGGGACUAUUAAAACUGGAAUCCAUUGACCUGAGCAACAACCUUCUGCAUGGAACCAUCCCCACUCAGUACACCGGCCUAGUUCGCCUCACUCUCCUCAACCUGCGCAACAACCAGCUGACAGGCCCCGUACUGCAGCCCAUCCCGGCAAACCUCACCGUCUACGAUCUCGACAACAACUACCUCUCCUCAGGCUUUACCUCCCCACCCAACUGCUCAGAACGCUCCAUCUCCUUCCGCUUCAACUGCCUCGCAACCCCCACCCAAGGCUUCUCCUGCCCCACGCCUGCCACGCCCUCGGCUGCGGAUGCAGCGGUGCAGCGCCCGGAGGAGCUCUGUGAUGUGUUUUGCGGAGUGAGUGCUGCCGACCCCCCGUGUGGCGGGCAUGGCUCGUGCUAUGUGGACGGGCCUAACAGAGUGCCCACGUGUGCUUGCAACCCCGGGUUUGUCAAUGGGGAGCUGCCUGGAAGCUGCGUCCCUGAAGGAAGCCAAGGGGGCGGCCCAGUAAUCGUGCAGCCAACUUCAGCACAGACAGUAGUGAAGGGGAGGGCGGCAGUGGCAAACGACGGCGGCGUCACGCUGACGGCCUCACAGCCCAACACGUGGGGUGCAGCGUUCCUCCAACUGCCCAUCCCACUCUUCUCCUUCGCCCUCAAGGCCGGUGCCUGCGGCCGCCCCUUGGCCUUCACCGUCUAUUUCUCCUUCUCCAUUCUCAAACCAGCCACCGCCAGCAGGGCAGCAGCCGCAGCAGCGGGAGGCGCUGGGGACGGGUUUGCAUUUGUGAUUGCCGCCAGUGACGCUGCUACAGGCGGUAGCAGUGGCACCAGUGACGGCAGUGGCGGGGGCGGCAGUUUGGGGUACGCAGGCAUGGAUGAGCGCAGCAUAGCCGUGGAGUUUGACACUUCUAAGAGCACCGACGCCAACGAUCCAGACAGGAACCACGUGGGGCUCAGUGUGAGGGGCAACACCUCUUCCAUCGCAACUGCCAAAGCGCCCUUCACUCUCAACGAUGGGAAGACAAAGCACGCCUGGAUCGUCUUCGACCCCUCUCCUUCCUCUUCUAGUUCUACUGCCGGUGAUGGCUAUGACAGCAGCAGCAGCAGCAGUGGCACGGGAUCACUGCGAGUGUUUCUGUCGGCCAAAGUGUCCCCCCGGCCAGGCAAGGCAGUGCUGGCGAUGCAGGUGUCGCUGUGCGAGUUCCUGCAGCCCAGUGCAGCCGAGGUGUCGUUCUUCAUGGGCUUCACUGCUUCCUCCUCUGACUCCCCACAGCUCCACUCCAUCCUCGAGUGGAACAUCACCACAGGUGACUGCUGGGCGUACGCGGUGGUGGGCAGCGUGGAAAUGGCCUACAGCAUUCUCUUCAACCUCUCCGCCGUGCUGCUCCUCUCCGUCUCCCAGCUGCGCGACGCCCUCGGCGCCUCAUGCUCGCAGGGCAACUCGCCCUCCCAGGCCUUCCAGUACCUCGUCACUCUCAAUGCCAAGAAAAAUCUGGGGCUUAUGGAGGAUGGUGCAGCCGGGACGGUGGCGCUUGGGCUCUGCGGCAAGGGACGGGGCCCUGGAUUGGUAGGUUACUUGUCUCACCAAAUUCUGUUCUUUUAUCCCCUUGUCGUUCUAAGUGUCCCUUCGCCUGGUAGGAGGUUCUUCAUCAUCACCAUCAAGUACGAGGGUCUUGUUCUUCACACGAUCAAUUAUGAGAGCAAGCCAUCGGGGGGUCCGUUCAGAGUGGGCGGGUUUGAGCGCACGGCAUUCCACGGCUGGUUUGGGCUGCUGCUGGCCGUGCAGCGACAGCCCGUGGUGGUGCAUGUGCAGGCCACCGCUCCCUCCUUCCUUAACCAUGACGGGCUAUCCAAGUACGCGGACCCCUCGUGCUUCACGUACAACCUGAACCACGUGGUGCUGCUGGUGGGCUAUCGCCUCACCGGCUCAGACCCGACCUUCCCGCACAUGGCGCCGCCCUUCUGGAUCAUCCGCAACUCAUGGGGCCCGGAGUGGGGCGACGGCGGGCACAUGCGGAUGGACAUCCAGGGGGGCGACGGCGUGUGUGGGAUCAACACCCUGCCUGGGAUCUACCCGGUGGUGCGCGCUGCUAAGGACCCCUGCAGCGUCAACGGCACCAGCAAUGGGGUGUUUGGGCCGCUCUUCAACCCCUGUGGCAACUUCACGUGCACGCCCACACCUGAUGGGGCCAGCAACCACUGCGACUGCAACGACCCACGAUUCGUCGAGGCGCUUCAACCGGACAACUCGCGCACCUGCGCUUACAAGGAUGCAUGCAGGGCAGCAGUGCACAAUCCGUGUGCGGUGGGCACGUGUGUGAAUGAUGGCAAGGGGUCGUACUCAUGUGUGUGUCCUCCGGGAUUCAGGCAGGGCACCACCGUUGAUGGCACCUUCUCCUGUGGUCCAGGCGACUCCAGCAGCACAUACACGGUGGUGUCGUUGGGUGUCACGUGUGCCGACAUCCACCCCGUCUACGGCCUCACUCUCGCUCAGUUCCAAGACCAGAACCCAGGUCUGAGCUGCAGUGCUCCUCUCGUUGUCGGCACGGUGGUGAACGUGGUCCAGCCAGCCGACCUCACGCCCUGCGCCGUCUACUACACCACGUCCCAGGGCGACACAUGCGAGUCACUAGCGAAGUACUUCUCUCUCAUCGGCGACUGCUAUGAGCCCUGCGCAGAGGCCUUCCAGGCCCUCAACCCCGGGCUGGACUGCUUUGGUGACAGCAACGGGGUGCUGCCGCCCAGCCAGGCGGUGUGUGUGGAGCGGCGGGCGGAGAGCGCAGCGGCGCUGCUCAUCCCGGUGUGCUCGCAGUUCUAUCUGGUGCAGGCCGGGGAGACGUGCGACCAGAUCCGCUCCGUGCCCUCCCCGCCGCUCUCCGCAAUUGACUUCUUCCGCCUCAACCCCGGCAUCAAGUGCAGCCGCCUCGUGCCCAAGACUGACGUCGGCAGCCUCACAGGCUUCGAGGUCUCCCUCUGCUCUCCCUCUGCUCUUUCCUCUGUCGCCCUCUUCCCUUUCCCACUCUCCCCCUUCCUUCCAUCUCUCCCCCCACUUCACCCUCUCCCGCCUCCUUCCUGUCCCUUUCAUCCUGCCUCUCCUUUCCACAGUCCUACCAGACCUUCCCUAUGCAUUUAA